CAAAUCGUUGUCGCGAGGUGUAAACAUCCGGUUGAAUUCACGUUUUAGAAUUUUCCAGAUUUAUAGAUAACAUUAACAAGGAAUAAAAAUGGUGCGUCUUGUAAUCAAGAAAGGAGAUGAAGCCCAGUUUCUCUAUGAGACGACGGUAGAUACAAGUGUUGAUGAUGUCAUGGCAGAUGUUACAGCAAUAUACAAUGGAAGACUCAAAGUUCAGCGCCUCACAGCAGAAAUCGAUGAUCUGGCUGAACACGGUAUCACUUUGCCACCAAACAUGCAGGGACUGACAGACGAGCAGAUUCAUGAUUUAAAACUGAAAGAUGAGUGGGCAGAGAAGUGCACUCCUCAGGGAGGGGUUGUUGUAAAUGAAGACAAAGUUGGACGCAGGAAUGGACAAGCCCCUACAGAAAAGAUGGCUGAAGUUUUAAAGAAAACCUGUAAAGAGGCGAAGGACAUGAUAUCUAAGAAGAAAGUAGCUGCGAAUGAAAUGGUGACCCAGAAGACUGUCCAAGAGGCCCUAGACAUUAUGAGAGGAGCAGUGACCAUUGUCUACCCGAUGGGGCUGCCCCCUCAUGAAAACAUUAAGAUGGAGUUUGAGAAUAACGAAGAUCUCAGUGGAACACAGGCUUCAAAGGACAUAAUUGAAGAAGCUGAGGCAUCACUGUGGUUCUCUGGCAAGGAGAUGAUGCGUGGGAGACCUAUCAAAGACUUUGUUGGCAGGAAUGAGAAAACCAAGGUCAUUGCCAAGCUUCAGAAGAAGGGCCAGGGUUGUCCGUCCCGGGAGCCAGUAGUCGGUGAGGAAGAACAGAAGCAGAUGAUGGCUUACUACUACAGAAAACAGGAGGAAAUGAAAAAACUUGAAAAGGAAGCUGAGGAUUCACACUUAGACUCUGCAUGGGCGGACAACAACGCCCUCAAGCGUAACUUCCACGGUCUCAAGGACAUCAAGUGGGGACCCCGGUGACACCCUGAAUCACUCCCCACAGACCACACAUUCUGAGAUCUGCUGCAUUGCCGUCCAAUGUUGAUUGCAUUUUACAUUUAUGUGAACUCAUGGAACAUUUUCUGAUAACUGUUGUACAUUAUGUUUGGAUAAGUGUACCACCAGCAUGAAGGAUAUAAACCAGAUCAUAAAAGCAGUUUACUAAUGCCAUACCAGCAUAACUGUUAUCAAGGAUCACCUAAAUUUUCUGCUUAUAUUUGCCAUGAACAUGGGAUUUUUUUUAGAGAUAUGGGCGGAUUGUUCAGAACUUUGUUAAAGUUAACAGCGUGAUUAACGAGAUCAUUGUUAACAUUUAAACUUGAAAUAUUUAAUUGAUAAUGUGUUCAUAUAUUUAAAUAAAACAAGUACAGCUGUAUCAGCUGUCUUAAAUCUAGUUAGAAACACUGCAGAUCACAUGAGUAUCCAUUUUACUUUAAUUAAGCGCAGUUCAUAUUUGAAAGUUAACAAAGAUGAAGUUAACAAUGUUUUUAACUUUAACAAAUGUCUGACCAGUCAGCCUUUUGUGUAUAUUUCCAUUAAAGAAAGAUAUAAGGAAGAACUGAAUAGGAGUAAAUUACCUAAAAGUUCAACCACAGUUUUGUAUGAUAGCAUGCAAGUCCAGCUAUUGUUUUACAAUGUUCUCAGAUCAUAGUUCUAGGUAUUUCAAAACAAAAACAAGAUUUAUGAAAUUAUGUUGUGACUUAAAGAAGUUUCAUUUAAAUGGGGGGUUUUUAAUACACACAGUAUUAAAACAAUAUUUGUGUUGUGACUAAAACAGUAGCUUCAAAUAUUCCAUAUUUUUAUACAAAAUAUACUGAAAUUCAUAGUGUAAAACUUGAGUUGACCUGUCUGCACUUGUUUUUUAUUACUAAAAUGAGCUUUAAUAUAAUGUUCAAAUGGUAAAUGUUUAUCUUAAAAGAUUUUAUUUAAUUUAUAUCAUUUGAUUUUGUCUUAAAAUGAUACCUGGUUAACAUAAAUUCUGUAUCAAGAAACUUUUGCGCUUUAUUUAUUUUACGAGAUGUUAUGAAUGCACGUCUGAACUAUUUCAAGAUUUAUAAGGCAAUUCAAUCUGGUAAUCAUAAUGCAAGCAUAACAGGGCUUAAGGACACUUGAAUUUUUGUAAAUAUCAAUUUUAAUAUUUAUUUGAGUGAUAUUUAUUGAAACAAUAAAUUGCAUUUUAAGAUGCAAAUUUAA